ACCUAUGGAGAAAAUCAACAUUGGAUCGAAAUUGGGAUGACACUUUGGGGUAUUACUUUGUCGACCAGUCGACAUACGACUGGCUACUUGAAACCAACCAAAACGUCACGUUUUCUUUGACCUCUCCCGAUUCCCAGGCCGUGACUAAGAAUUACACUCUCUCAUACGAAACAACAUUCAAUCUCAACCUUACAUAUCCGCUCAUGGAUACCUGGAGCCACUAUUUCCCUCCAAAGCGAGAGCGAAAUGUGUUGGGUCGUGCCUUUUUCCAGGAGACGCACAUAUCCAUCGAUUACGAUGAGGGCUAUCUUCAAAAUAUCUCAAACGAAUCCAGGAUAUGGCUCGCUCCGUAUUGUGGUAAUUGAACAUAAGAACGACACCAAGGAGAAUGAGACAACCCGCUCGACACCUUUUGUCCACUGGAGCAUGCGUUGAUACAGGAGUCGGAAACCAUGAAAAUAUAUGGAAUGAUCAGCUUCUGUGUGUAUGUGAUUUUGAGUUUCAAUGUUCGAUAUAGGUGUAUCUGCAUGUAGGGACCUCCAUGAAUGUGAUCAAUUGAUUCAAAUGUUGGAGACGGCGAAAGGCAUUCACGUGACCGAUAUCCGAAAAGGGAAGGGACCGGGGAGCUGUACAAUGAGGUCAACGCACUUCCAUAUGCGCGACGGGUAACUCUCUGGAUUCAUGCAAAGACAUGCCUCGGUCAUCCGGAAGCUCAUCCUACACUCUUGUUUGCUCUGCAGCCAUGAGUGAUUGUGGUUGGUUGUCGACAUAGAUCGGGGCACCUCCACAUGCACCACAGCGAGUCCCGAGGCGUCGUUGAUCCUCAAUCGUCAUGUUGCCGAGCUUAUGGUACUCAACACUCGGAUGUCGCGGUGGUUUCGGAGAGAGGCCAUAAGCGUCGAGCCGAAGGCACAUGGACGUUGUAUAAAGAGGAAUGGCAGACGGGACGGCCUGCUGGGCGAUUGAGUUGUGCGCAUCGCCCAGCGGCUCUCCAGUCAUUGGCACUCCCCCAGGCCUCAUUCUUCGCAGCAAUCUUCAUCACGACCAGUUACAAAGCGGACAGAUGGAAGGGUUAUCAACAAUCGGGACAUGCACAUCGCCCUCUUCGCUAACCGAAUCCUCGCCUUUCCGCUCUUCUCCCCGUAUCAAGUCCAACUUUAGCAUUUCAACCCAAGCACAGCGAGUGCGCCGGCGUCUGAGGGGUUUCGACUACGCAAAGAAGAGAGCAGCAAAAGCGACGCUGCAGCCAAGACCCAUAACGAUGUCGACGUCCAGUCUGCCGCUGGACCCUGUCGCUGAUACAUCGAAUACGCGCCCGCGCCGCCCCACGGUGCAGUCGGACAUCCACGACACCAUUUUGCGGCCCGGCACAGUCCGCAUCAACGUCCAGGGCGCCUUCAUUGUCGACGAGCAGCCCGUCACCCCGCGCAGCGAAGACUACAACCAUGAUACCAGGGAUAUCCGCCUCCCCAACCACACCGCCGUCGUGAGCCAUGUCGCCGUCGAUAUCGGAGGCUCCCUUGCCAAGCUUGUCUACUUUUCGCGCGAACCCGACGAGAGCUCCAUCGGCGGCCGCCUCAACUUUGUCAAAUUCGAGACGGAUCAAAUAGACAAAUGCAUACAUUUCAUGCGCAAGCUGCAAGCCGACCACAAACAUCUCAAUGGCUCGACCACGGACGAAUUAUGCGUCAUGGCUACUGGUGGAGGAGCUUUCAAGUACUAUGACAAGAUAAGAGAGGCAUUGGGUGUCAAGGUGAUACGGGAGGAUGAGAUGGAGUGUUUAAUCAUAGGCCUAGAUUUCUUCAUCACCGAGAUACCCAACGAGGUCUUCACCUAUAGCGAGGAAGAUCCCAUGGAUUUCGUUCCUCUGCCCCCGCAGCCAUCAUCCAUAUACCCAUACCUCCUCGUGAACAUUGGCUCUGGCGUGUCCAUGGUCAAAGUCUCCGGUCCUCGACAGUACGAACGUAUAGGCGGCACAUCCUUGGGAGGGGGAACUCUGUGGGGUCUGCUCUCUCUGCUGACUGGCGCGCGGAACUUUGAGGACAUGCUGAAACUGGCCGAGAAGGGCGACAAUUCGACCGUCGAUUUACUCGUCGGUGAUAUCUACGGUGCCGGAUAUAACAAGAUUGGGUUGAAGAGCACGCACAUAGCGAGCUCGUUCGGCAAGGUAUACAAGCUGAAGCGCGCCGCCGAAAGCGAGGCAGAAGACGGCUGCAACGGUGACUACAAGGUUCAUCACUCGGAAGAAGAGCAAGUCGAGGGUUCCUCUGAAAUCCCACACUCCCCCGCGAAAUUCCGCUCCGAGGACAUAUCCCGAUCCUUGUUGUAUGCCGUAUCCAACAAUAUCGGCCAGAUUGCUUACCUCCAUGCUGAAAAGCACAAUCUGCCGCACAUCUACUUUGGUGGUUCGUUCAUUGGCGGCCACUCGCAAACCAUGCACACCUUAUCGUACGCCAUUCGUUUCUGGUCCAAAGGCACCAAGCAGGCAUACUUCCUCAGACAUGAGGGUUAUUUGGGUGCGGUAGGCGCAUUCCUGAAGAGACAGCCGCAGAACUGGGGAAGGCGGAAUAGCUUCGAAGGAUCCAAGCGGGCGAGCAUGUCUACUUGA